GACGAGGAAAAAAAGAGGAGUGCUCGCGACCUGUUGCUCAAAGUUUUGGAUGACAUGAGCGGCAGUGCAGAUGCCAGCACAGAGGAUCCCCCAGAGAAGAGGACCCGAACAGGAUCACUGCUGGAUAUGUAUGACGAAAUUCUGGAGGAGAAUGUCAUGUUUGAGGAGCAAGACAAGACCGCGUCAGCGUCACAGGUCAUCUCAUACCUGGCCGAACCCACAAUUCCCAGGAACCACAGUCCAUUGGAGUACUGGAAGUGCAACCAGGCCCGUUUCCCUGCCCUCGCUCUUGCUGCACGCAAGUACCUGUGUGCGCCUUGCACAAGCGUUGACAGUGAACGGCUUUUUAGCGUUGCCUCUGAUGUGAUGGAUGAAAAGAGAAAUCGAAUGGACGGUGAAAAGGCAGAGAUGCUCAUUUUUCUUAAGAAAAACCUACCUCUGGUAUUAAAAAAAUAGCUGAACAGAAGCCUACCGGUCAGCCGAAG